UAGAAUGAUAGAUGAAAACAAAUCAACAGAUGCUCAUGAAAGUAAGGUGCCUGAACCUGAUGAGGCUGAAUAUCCUGAACUUACAGAAGAAGAAAAACGAGUAGAAGAAUUAGCUGCAUAUGUUCAUAAGAAGCUUGAUGAAUCAAAAGAAAUGAGUAGAUCUGUUAAACUCUUGAAGUUUGAGGGUGAUGGUGGUAAAUUAACGGAAAUAUGGGGUAUAGUCAAACCAGGUGUUGAGCUGUCGGAUGAGAGCAAGGAUUUUCAUGAAUUGACAUCAGAAGAAAGACGAGUAGAAGAAUUAGCUGCAUAUGUUCACAGGAAGCUUGGAGAACCUUCGGAAAUAAGUAGAGGUGAGCCUUUCGAGGAAUACUCUGGUGAAAUAUCUGAAUUAUGGGGUAUGGUUGAACAGCGUGAUGAGUCGUUAGUGGAAUGCCAUAAACAUCGCGAAUUGAGUGUGGAAGAAAAGCGUGUCAACGACUUAGCAGAAUACAUUCAUAAAAGAUUAGGUGAAGCAAUGUGGAAAAUGGAGUCGGACAGUGGGAAAGGUGAAGAUAAAAAAAGAGAAAAUACGUAUGUUCUAAAACGUUUGGAACAAUUAGCAAAAUAUAUUAAUGUGAAGUUAGAUGAACGCAUGAAAAAGACUAGGAAAACAGAUGUAUUGUCUGAACAAAAACGUAUUAUAGAUUUAGCUAAGAUAAUUAAUGACAAAUUACAUGUAAUAAGUGAGGAAGAAAUAGAUGAUACAACUACAGAUGUACAUAUCCAAGAAUUGUCCAAAGAUCUAUUCAAAUCAUUGCUUGAAAUAAGACAGGAGAAGGCAAAUCGAAUUAAGAAAGAGCAGGAGGAGAUGGAAAUGAGAAAGUUAUUUGUAAAAGAGCUACUGGAAGAGGAGUUAACAACCCAUGAAGUUCAGACUGUUCUGAGGAAAAUGGACGAGCCUGUGAAACCAUUAGUACCUGAAGAGACAGAAACUAUGAGCAGUGAGUUGGGUAAGCUGAAGUUGCUGAGCACAGCAACACCUCCCAGUAGUCCUACAGAGCCUGGGGUACCAGCACAUCCUGUUGACAGUCGUACUCGUCAAUUUCAGUGGGAACAGGGACAGAUUGACUACCUGGGUGAAGAUCGUUUUGAAAAUAUUAAGAAGAAACUGGACGAAAAGAUCAACAAUGGUCCAUAAAUUAGGUGGACAUAGAAUUGACUGAUAUUAAAUUAUUUGAUAAGUAAAAAAAAUCAUUGUAAAAAAGGUAGUGAUGUUAAGAAUACAUUGUGUAUUAGUGGGGACUGAGCCUGUGUUUGUAGAUACGCUGUAAAUUGUAAUAUGGGUCAAUAUAAAUGUAUGGGUAUAAACAAGCAGAAAUAAUCUACGAUGUAGAUCUCUUGCAUGGUGUCAAUCUGACUGAACUUGUGUGGUGGUUAUAAACUUGGUUAACAGUGCAGUCGUUUAAGUUAAUAUUCCCAAAUGGCCAUUCAAGUUAUUGUUUUGGUGUCGCACUGUGUUGCAGCCUGUUCAUGACUGUCAUCGAGCAGUUUAAUGAGUGUCUAACUUUUUUCGAUAUGCAGUUAUUGCUUUUUGUUUAUGACAUUAAACAUUUAUAUGGAUUAUCUAUUAACACUUCAUUCUGUGGUCAUAAUUAGGUCUUGUAUAGUCUAUUAUCAUUUGCUUAUUUUCAAAUAAUUCGGCAGACUUUUUACAUGUCUUCCAACUUCAUUUAAAGAUAUUUGUCGAUUUGCAAUUUUUCAUACCUUGUUGAAAAAAAGUAAAUUUUGAUUUUUCAGAACAAAAUUAUAAUUGUUAUUGAGAAGAUGUGGCUUGCUAGUUGUAUGAUAACCAAAUUAACACUAUUAUAAAAACUUGACUUCAUACAUUUUACUUUCUUCUAGACCAGAGCUUUGAUGUAAUACAGCUUUGUAAUCUGUGCAUGUCCUUUAUAUUCAUAUCUAAUUCAUAUCUGUUUUUUUGUGUCUUAAUGCCAGUGUAACUUGCAUUAGGGUAAGAGAAAAACAGAUGCAAGCAUGCUACACCGGCAACAAAAGGCUUAAAAUGGCAGCGUUUUAAACCCUCUUUGAAAGGGAAUAUCAGCAUCAGCAUAAAUUCCAAUGACACUUGUGUGAACACAGGUAGAAGGCUAAAUUGCCAUAAUGAGGUAUACAUUCACUAUUUAGGAAAUGAGUGAAUUUGGGCAACUAAAAUGAUUUUAGGUGCCAUGGUCUACUGUAUUAAAAUUUCAAAAGAAGUGCUCGCAAUACAUGUCAAAUUUUCAGACAGUAUAGUUUGUUGUAUAAAUCUGUAUAUUUAACCUGGCCAAACAUUGUCAACUAUUGAUGCUUGAUUGCAUCAAUGACGUAAAUAAGAAAAACGUACACUGAAUACAGAAAUGUGAUCAAUCUUAAUCUUGGAUCAGCAUGUACCAUUGUGUUGAUUGUCCAGUGGUGGCCAUAUUUAUGCCUUUUGUAAAAAAAUCAUGAUGUGAAAUAAAGAUAUGAUCUCUGUAAUUACUGGGUGCAACUUUUUAGUCUGUUUUGACACAGUCUGAAAACGGAACUUAUGGAUUGAUCUCUGAGUCCAUGUGUUUGGACCUAUAUAUUAGACAUGCCUGGAUGUAUCACAUUCAAACUUCACACUUACAUAAUAUUGUACAUGUGCACAUCAAUUUAUUUCAAAAACUGAUUCAAGAUGGCCAAAUGGCAGCCAUAUUUGUACUAAAAAACCGUCAAAAUCAAGCAUUUCUCAGAUGUUUACAGAUUGUGUUCAAACUUGGGACAUUAUGGGACCUUGAUGCAAGUCUUUUUUUUCCCCGGAUCAGAUUCAAAAUGGCCAACUGGUGGCCUUUUUGUUUUAAUGAAUCUGGUUCUAGUGCCAUGCUGUGACUGAUUAUGUUAAAAUUUUGAAUAUUCAUUAUCUCAUAGAUAUACAGAUAUAUUGGUUCGAUGAUCUGAUUCCGAAUGCCCGAAUGGCGGUGUAGUAAAAAAAUCAAGCAUUUCUGGAACCGGAUCUUGGUUGUUUAGAUGGAUUUUGUUCAAAUUUGGUAUAUACAUUAGACAUUAUUGGGUCCCUGAUGCACGGCAUCAGAUAGGAUUAAAAAUGGCCAACUGAUGACCAUUUUGUUUUACUGAAUGAUGUUCCAGCGCAAUAUCUCAAUAUGGACAAGUAUUGUACAGUACUAUAAACAGAACUAUAUAUCUUAGAUUUGAUAACUUACCGGGGACUGCGCCAUGCAUGGCUUGUUCUUAGUGUAUUUGUUUUGGUGCCUUCAUCUGUUGUCAUAUUACCUUACUUAACACAUUACCUGCUGAAAGCCUCCAUGUAUAGCUGAACUGAAUGGAAAAAAAAACUGACUUCAGCAGGUAAUUUAACUUACCUCAGUAUCUGUAGCUUAUAUUUCGAUUAGCCAAGUAUUUUCCUGCUCUAUAACAACCUAUACAAAGCAAUUGACCUCCAAGUUUUCUCAAAUGCUACAUUCUGUCAUGUGAGAGUCCUGAAAAUGUGUCAUUCACGUGUAUCAAACUGUUGAGUUUUCUUUUGCUUGUGGGUUAAAAAUCAAUAUGGAGACUACAAGAUGUAAGUGGUUAAACUGAAUUACACCCUCAUUGCUUAAAAAAAUGCAAGAACAAUAUUACAAGAAUUGUGAUGCUAUACUCUGGUGAUGCUAGCUGUAAGAAAGAAUAUCUAACUAAUUAGACAGAUAACUAUAAUGAAAAAAUAAUUGAAUAAAUUAGAUAUCUAAAAUAUAUUUUAUUAUGAAUUAUUUCUUGCCAAAGUAUUUGAAUACAAACAGGUUUGUUAAAAAUCACUUCCCAUGCAUUCUGAUAAAUUGGAAAUGCAGUGUGCUCAUUUAUCGUGAAAAUGGAACUUUCUUUACAAAGAAGUCUGAAAUCAUCAAUUACACAAUCACAUCUUCGCAGUUGGAUGUUCUGAUCAAGAAUGCAAUCGUCUAUUGUCAGCACAUCAGACUUGUUCUAUUCGGUAUCACUGUUAACUGAUAAUUUACUACAAGAUUCUUAGAUUAGCUGCCAAUUAAGCAUUUAUUUUAAACACUUAAUGGACUUUUAACUGAAACGUGAUAACCAGAUUUGAUUUAUUGUGUAAUCUAUUGAUGCAAAAAAUGAACAACACUUGUUCCCUUCAUCUUAUUUGCUCUAACUUGCCAGACUUGGGUUGUGAUUAACAAACUCCAAUUAAAUGCUAGCAUUUCCACAUUAACUGGAUAUUGCAAACCUGGUCAGAUAAAUUGCAUGUAUUUUCUAAAAGAGACAUUAAUAGUACUGUACUUGGUGUGUAAUAUUCAUUGCAGAAAAAAAGUUACUUUGUUUCUCAAUGGAUUUCUGAAAUAUUGUUUAAUCCUUGCUCCAAGUCAGGAAGUUACUUUGUUUAUCAAUGAAAAUCUGAAAUACUUUUUUAGUAUUAGAAUUAUUUUUUUUCCCAUUUGUUCAGACUUGUAGUUUUUUCCCAGGCUGAUUACUAAACAAGUUUAUUUGGUUAUCUGAAAAUUGUGCUUAUUUGGUAUAAUCAUGGUCACUGAUUCAUUUGAUGAAACAAAGUGGUGAAUUAGUACAUAUAGCUGCAUGUAUGCUUGAAUUGCAUGGUGGUUCUUUUAGUUUUUAGUCUUUUAUAGUAAUUUUCUUUACUGCAAAAUUAAUUUACGUUAAUGUGCAAGAUUUUUUUUAUAUUUGAGAUUAUGAAGCAGCUGACUUUCGAUAGAUUGGAAUUAACCAUUUUACACACGUGUAGUCACACUCGCAGACUCUGUAAAUUUGUACAAUGAAGUAUUAUAUCAAGAAUGUUGUGUUGACUUUCAGCAAAGAUACUAAUUGGCAUCCAGAGAAUAUUUGCUGGAGUUUGUACUUUUAUGCAGAAAAAUACUUACUUGACAUGCAUUAUAUUGUAGAAAACAUCUUUGAGAGUUGGUACUUAUGGAAUGUACUCAUGUAAUUGCAGGAUUAUCAUCAGUUCAGAUUUAUGAGGUAGUCACAUGAAUACUACAAUGUAUACCUGGAGACAGUGUGGUGUCACAUAGUGGUGCUGAAUCCUUUAUUACCCAAAUUUUCCUGUGAUAACCUCAAUAUUACCCAACUUUUACUGCUUGUCAUCGUGAUGGUUCAAAAUGGCCAGCCUAAAGUAUACAUGCCUGUGAUGUCAAGUGACGAUUCUAUUUCCAUUACAUACUACACUGUUGUUGCCACAUUCGUUGUAAACAAUAACAAAUGUUUGAAUGUGAUGUAAAUAGUUUGACAUGGAAGAAGCAAUUGUGAUUUGUUUUACAGUUACUGUUAGAUUAUAUAUAUUUUUUGGUUAGAUAAAACUACUUUUUGCACGAAAUGGCUGAUUAAAAUACUAACUGCAUGUGUGAUUAAAUCCAAUUACUGUAUUUACUAGACAUGCCUUAUUGUGUAAUAAAAAAAAGCAAUCUGUCGUCAAUGAA